UUUUUUGUUUUUUCUCUUUCGAGGAGGCAUUGGCUAGGUGGUCGCAACGGCAGUGCUGGUGGUGGUGGCAGCAACUUAUAUUUCCGUCAUCCAUCAAAAAGUUUAUAUAGCAUUGCCGUCAGACCUAACCACACAAAGUCAUUUCACAUUCCAAUGGCUCCUCGCUUGUCACCGGACGACAAUCUACCUGCCAACUCCACUGCGGUGGCCAUCGACAAAGACAAGAACAGCCCACAUGCUGUUCGUUGGGCUAUCGACCAUCUCGUCAUCUCCAAUCCUAUCAUCGUAUUGAUCCAUGUUAGGCAUAGAAACCAAGGUGAACCCGAAUCUGAUCACGACAUAAACCAGCUUUUCGUUCCAUUUCGUGGCUACUGCGCACGCAAAGGGAUUCAAGCGAGAGAGGUUGUCCUCGAGGAUGUUGAUAUCUCUAAAGCACUUAUAGACUACGUUAGUAGAAACUUGAUUAACAGCAUAGUCCUUGGCGCAGCAACCAGGGGUGCCAUAUCAAGUUACUUGUCUUAUAGAAAGUUCAAAAGUGACAUUCCAACCACCUUGAUCAAAACUGCACCAGAUUUUUGUUCUGUGUAUGUGAUUUCCAAAGGUAAGAUAUUGACAGUGCGAACAGCGCAACGACCUGUGUCGAAUACCGCUGCCCCGCCAAAGGCACCGGUAGGAAUGCCACCGCAAAUACCGUCGGAUCAAAGUGAAGAUGAUGGAUACAGAGGACAAUAUACAAGAGGUGUACCAGGAAAUGCAGGAUCAGAGAGAUUGUCCUUUGAUAAUUCCUCAAGAGCACCUAUACGCGAUAGACAUAGAAGCUCUCCAGGAAAUAUGUCAUUGGACAUUGAUGUAGGUCGAGGACCGUCGUCAUCUAGACAAGAUUCUUUGUCUAGUGACAUAGAUUUUCCAGCAAAAAUUUCCCUUGGCUCUGUUGAUAUUUCUGGCCAAAAUUUAGAUUUUUCAAGUAGCAAUUCUGAGUCAUCUUCACAAAGUGCGCGAGAUAUAGAAGAUGAAAUGAGAAGGUUAAAGCUUGAACUUAAACAAACCAUGGAUAUGUAUAGCUCAGCUUGCAAAGAAGCUCUUACAGCCAAGAAAACGGCUAAUGAGCUUCAUCAGUGGAAGAUGGAAGAGUCUCGCAGGUUUGAGGAAGCCAGGCAAGCUGGAGAAGCAGCUCUUGCCAUGGCAGAGAUGGAGAAGGCUAAGUGCCGAGCUGCCAUUGAAGCAGCCGAGGCAGCACAGAAGCUAGCGGAAAUGGAAGCAUAUAGAAGAAGGCAAGCAGAGUCUAAAGCUAAGAAAGAGUCGGAUGAGAAGAAUCGAGCUUUGAAUGCCUUGGCAACUAACGAUGUCCGAUAUAGAAAAUAUUCCAUAGUAGAAAUUGAAGAAGCUACUGAAAAUUUCUCAGCAUCAAACAAGAUUGGAGAAGGAGGUUAUGGGCCUGUUUAUAAAGGCAAACUUGAUCACACUCCAGUUGCCAUCAAAAUUUUAAGACCAGAUGCUGCUCAAGGGAAGAAACAAUUCCAGCAAGAGGUUGAGGUUCUUUGCAGCAUUAGACACCCACACAUGGUCCUCUUACUCGGCGCUUGCCCUGAGUAUGGAUGCUUGGUAUAUGAAUACAUGCACAAUGGCAGCUUAGAGGAUAGGCUAUUUCGAAAAGGCAAUACCCAUCCACUUUCAUGGAGGAGACGAUUUAAAAUAGCUGCUGAAAUUGCAACUGCGCUUCUAUUCCUUCACCAAGCAAAGCCAGAACCACUAGUGCAUCGAGACCUUAAGCCGGCUAACAUUCUCCUUGACCGCAAUUAUGUGAGCAAAAUUAGUGAUGUGGGCCUAGCACGGCUAGUUCCACCUUCUGUAGCUGACAGUGUAACACAAUAUCACAUGACUUCAGCAGCAGGAACAUUCUGUUACAUAGAUCCUGAAUAUCAGCAAACAGGCAUGCUAACAACUAAAUCAGACAUAUACUCCCUCGGGAUAAUGUUGCUCCAGAUUAUCACAGCAAAGCCUCCGAUGGGUCUUGCUCACCAUGUCGGAAGGGCCAUUGAGAAAGGAACUUUAGCUGAUUUACUUGAUCCAGCUGUGCCGAAUUGGCCAAUGGAAGAGGCUUUAUCAUUUGCUCAAUUGGCACUACAAUGUGCAGAGCUGAGGAAGAGGGACAGACCAGAUCUUGCCACGGUUAUACUGCCAGAACUUAACCGACUAAGAGACCUUGGAUACAACAAUAAUGGUUCUAGCAGUAGUGGUUAUAGCCAAGGACACGGUGGUAGUGAUCAAAGCCAAGGAUUCAACACUAGUGGUUGUAGCCGUGGACACAGCGGCAGUGAUGGUUUGCGCAGUCCAUUUUCAAGGUCGAGGGUCUCAUCAUCAUCAAGCCAGGAAUCACUGAGUAAAUCUGCAAAUUCAGAACUUGGAUCUAUGCUGAACUUAAAAUUAGAUCGUGCUGAAUGAAGUUGUAUGUAGAUUGAAAGAUCAAGACAAAGAAGCUGCUUGAACCAACGUUGUUUACGAACAAGAUGAAAGGGAAACAAUUCUGAAUUAUGCAAUAUUACAUCAAUUAUGUGUAUAUAGCACUUGCAAAAAGCUGCUUUCAAAAAGCAAGCCUUGAACUGCUUAACUUUUUGGUCAUUAUAUAGCGGAUAAUUAGCAAAGAAGGAUCCAUUGAAGGGUUUUGAAGAGCUUUAACUUCUCUCCCAUGUUGACAGAGAGAUAUAUUGUAGCAUAACUGGUUAAGCACCUAGAUAGAGAAAAAUAUCAAGAUUUUCAUUGUUUUGAAGCUUAAAACACAUCUAUACUCAUGCAAUUCAAUUUCA